AGCGUUUGGUGCUCGCAGCGGAAAAAGCGGACGUGGCAAACCAAACAAUCAACAGCAAAAACAACAAAUAUAUGGGAAAGGAAAGCUGGGUGAAACUUUGAAAACGGGCGCGAACAAGUGAGCAGCGGCAGCAGAAUCAGCAGCCGAAGUGAAGUGUAAAUAAGUGAAAUACCCAGCACACAGAUACACACGCACACAGCUAGCGGAGUUUGGGCCUUGGUAUUAGAACGGCAACGGGAGCAAGCCAAACGCAAAACCCAAAGUGCAAAUGAAAAAGUGAGAAUAAAUUGUGAAUCAAUCAGUUGAGGCAAACAAUGAUGGAAUAAGGGAUACUGGACCACGCAGGACAAUAGCCAGAAGCUCAAUCGAGAAGGAUAAACUUUUGGCCCGCUAUGCCCAGGAAUCGUGUGGGUCCGCCGACUGAGUGCGUGGAGUGCGAGGAGACCGCUGGCAGAUAGAAACUCAGAAUCAGAUACAGAUACCAAAUUUAUUUGCCGCCCAAGUUGAACAUGUGCCAAAGCUGCGGGCUGCUUGAAGCUGAUUCUGGAAAAACCGCAACGAUGCUGCUUGAUUUCGGCCAACUUAAAUAAACAGGCGAGGCGCAAGCACACCACAAACUCAAUCACAGGCACAGUCGAGGAAAAACAAACCAAUAAUCCAGGUAAAUGGCGGCGCCCGUCGACGAGAGCGUGCUGAACGCACUGAGGGGCGUGACCUCCGCCCACACCCGCCUGCCCAAGCCGCUCCUCAUCAAGAUCUACGUGGCCAGCCUGAAGCAGGAGUUCAACCAGGAGCGCCGCAUGCUCCUCGAGCUGGUCGGUCCCGAGCUGCAGACCCUCUACGAUGACCGCCAAAUCGAGCUGGAGUUCGUGGACAUGCACUUUGGCACUGGCGAUUUGGAGAUCAAUCAGUUGGAGCGGGAUCCCUAUAUGAUCCAUGACUAUCUGCACGAGAUCGACAUUUGCCACGCCCACACGAAGAGUGCCUUCUUUAUGGUGCUUGUGGGCGAUGGCAUCGGUCGUCAGCUCCUGCCCACGAAAAUGGAUGAGGACAUCUUCUCCGCAGUCCUGGCCGAUCCACAGAUCACAGCUGACCAAAAGGCAUUACUAACCAAGUGGUACGAAGAAGACGAAUCUCAAUCGAAGCGACAUCUAAAGCAGGAUUAUCGACUGCUGCCCGUGGAUGCCUGGCUUGUGGAAUCGCAGCAGAUGCAGAGAUUUUUUGAGGUAGCCUUGCAAUCUCUGGUCCAAGGAGCCAAUACAUCUGGCCGAUCAGGGGAUUUUGUUGAUCGGGUUCAGCAACUUCGACGCACGCAGAUCGAAAGGGAGGUCACACAAGCCAUGGCUCUUACUAGUGAAAAAAUCUUGGCAGUUUUUCGAGAACGUGCCGCACAGUGCAGCAAGCGGGAUGUCGAAGCAGGAGAACGACUGCGGAAAAUCAAGGACGAACUUACCAUGAACCUCUCCACCGAUAAUCACACAACUCUGGUGGUGCCCGGGAGUGCCGCCAGCGAGGCCAUCGAUCCGGACAACGAGGACCACGAGUCCUACCUGAGCAAGUUCAAGAACAAGGUCACCGACAAGCUGCGCCUGCUAAUCGAGGCACACAUAACCAAUGAUCCCGACGUAAUCAAGGGGAGGAAAAAGACUGUGCAGGAAAUCUUUCACGAGCACGCGACGCACCUGCGCAUCCUGCGGGAGCACACGGACAGUGCCGCUCUGGUGGAGUCGCGGGUGCCACAACAGCUCCGCCAGAAUCUGAUGGCCAACUUCCGGAAUGGCAGUCGGCAUGCUCCGUACUUCAUCUGUGGGGCAGAUGGGAGCGGCAAGAGCGCCAUCCUGAGCCACCUGUACGUCCAGGUGGGCAGCUGGUUUGGAUCCACUCGCGUUCACCGGGUCAUCCGCUUUGCCAAGGCCACGCCCCGCUCCGCCUACAAUCUGGAACUGCUGCGCGUCGUGUGCCAGCAGAUCUCCAUUAUCUUCAACAUCCCGGAGGGCUAUCUGCCCAAGGACGCCUCCUUCGAUCCGCUGUACAUCAACACCUGGUUCCAGAAUCUGCUUAGAAAAGUGGAGGACAUGGCCAACGAUGUGCUGUUCCUGUUCAUCGACGAUUUGCAUCUGCUGAAUCCGCUGGACUGCGAUAUUGUCACCGCACUCUCCUGGUUGCCCACAUCGCUGCCCUGGAACGUUCAGAUCAUCUGCAGCUCCACCACGCCCGUGGAGCAGCUCAAGUUCACCCCAAUGCAGCGGGAUCGCUUCAAGUCCGCCGAGUACCAGUUCGAUCUGAGUCUGGGCGACUAUGCCACCCAGCUGAAGAUCCCGCCGCAGUGCAUCCCCAAGGAUGUGAGCUUCGUCCUGUACGUGGAGCAGCAGUUCGACCAGCUAGAAAGGCAUUACGGCCGACAGGCGGUGAGCGGACUGGCCGCCUACAUCACCUGCUCCGAGUACGGACUGAGUGAGACUGAGCUGCUGGAGCUGCUCAUGCCCACCGACGAUCCGGAGUCGCUGAUUGAGACCAAGAACGGGCACUUCUCCUUUGCCACCUUCAAGAAGAUCCACCGCGAGAUGGACCUACUGCUGCUCCUGCACGACAAGAUAAUGUCCGGCAAGGUGCUGAUCCAGUGGCGGCACAACUACUGCUCCUCGGUUGCCAAGCGGCGGUACAUGGACGUGCAAAGGACACGCAGCCUGCACAGUGAGCUGGCCAACCUGUUCUUUCCGCAGGACGAGGAUGAGAGCACACUGGAGAACGAGUCAAAUCGCUGCGAGACCAAGUCGGUGAUCAGCCUGAAGGAGAGGGAGCGCGAGAAGGACUCGCUGUCGGCGGUGUCCACCGUUUCCGCCGGGCGGAAGUCAUCGUCCACCCAUCACAACGACGACACCUCCACCUUCUACAAUCCCAUCGCCGCGGAUGUCAGCUACAGCAUGCGGCACGUGGAGGAGAGCUGGCACCACCUGAUGCGAUCCGACGACACCACCCGGUUCAAGCAGAUCGCUGUCUGCAACUUCGACUUCCUGCUGGCGGCGGUGCAAACGGUGUCGAUCAGCUACCUGCGCUGCCUGAUCGAGCACGUGCGCUGCUACAUCCUGGACAGGGACAUCGAGCUGAUCUACUACACGAUCCGGAAGUCUAGCGAUGUCCUCACCCGCGACCCCAUGCAGCUGGGAUCCCAGCUGAUAUCCUGGCUGCGUCCGAUCAGCGAGCACGACGACGACGACAACUCGCUGCUGAGCAUGACGGUCCGCUCGGCGACCGCCUGGUGCGACGGCUAUGCGGUGCCGCUCCUCGUACCGCUCACCGGCUGGCUGCCCGCCCCGCUGCCCUCGCAGAUCCGCACGAUGACGGUGUCCGGAACGGGAUGCAUCCGUGCCGUCUGGCUGGCGCCCACCAAGCAGCAUCUCAUCCUGGCCACCAAUUCCGGCGACGUGCAGCAGUGGCACAUCAUGAGCAACUCCCUGGAGCACAUCUUCAAGGGACACACUGCGGCAGUCACGUGCCUCCUGGUGGCUCCCCAGUCGGAGUCGGAGUUGCUGCUGACCGGCUCCGAGGAUGCCACUGUGCUCGUGUGGCACGUAGGGUUCCGCGAGCGACGGGCGCACAUUAACAACGCCCACACGGCUCCCAUUACGGGCGUGGCAGCUGGCGUCAAUAACACGCUCAUCAUAAGCAGCAGCGAGGAUGCAACCAUCGCCAUCACGGACCUGGCCAGCGGCAAACUGAGACAUCGUAUCACCCAUCACCGCGGGCCGGUGAGUGGAAUCCUGGUAGCCGGGGCCUGCGAUGUCCUGAUCUCGGGCAGUCACGACAGGACCAUUUGCGUGUGGGACCUGGAGAACUUCUCCCUGCUGAAUACCAUGCAGAUGACGAGUCCCGUGCUCCGCAUUGACAUUUCCUGGAAUUCGGUUUUCCUUUUAGCUUUGUGUGAGGAUAAUGCGCUUUAUGUUCGAACUCUGGCCACCGGCAAGGAGUUGCAUACUCUGAAGGGACACAAGUCGAAGAUUCGAACCAUCUCAAUCGGAAAGGACAGUCAGCGGUGUGUGGUAGGCUGCGAUGAUACACGGGCGUUGAUCUAUGACAUGCAUGCCGGAAAAUUGGUAAGAUCCAUGCCCCCAAAUCCCGGUCCAGUGACCGCAGUGCAUGCGAUGGACAACGACGACUUCCUGGUCACCGUCGGUGGCAACAAGAUCACCUUCUACUCGUUCCGCAACGAGGAGCUCUACGUGAAUCCCUACUCGCGUCAUCCGCGCCGCAAACGCAGCCUGAAGCGGCAUGCGCAGGCUCAGCGAUCGCCAUCGACCACAUUGCCCCCGAUCACCUGCUUCGAUUUGUCCCGCGACUCCCAGCAAAUGGCCAUCGCCUCCGGGCGGAGUGUCCACCUGAUGAGGAUCAAUACGCCGGAGUACCAGUGCACUCUGGAUGGACAUGCCGCGGGUGUGUCCUGCCUAAAGUUUGCGCCGAAUGGCGAGUUCCUGGCCACUGGAUCCGAGGAUCGAUUGGUGCUCAUUUGGAACCUGGCUCAGGGUGAGAUCAGUCAUUCGUUUAAGGGACAUGCUGCACCAGUGGUCAAGGUGGUGGUCCUGAUGGACUCCUUACGGGUAAUCUCCACGGAUCGGGAUUCCCUGCUUCUUGUUUGGAUGGCCCACUCGGGCAAUCUACUGCAGACCAUUCAAGGUCCCUACAAAAGUCUGGCCGUGACCAACAACAUGCGCUUUGCCGCCUCCACCAAUGGGGAUAACACCCUCAAGAUCUGGUCCCUCACGCAGGAGGACGAGAAGUACUCCGUUUCGCACUCGGAUGAGAUCACCUGCUUCGAGAUUAGUGCAGAUAGUGCCCACAUCAUCAGCGGAUCGCGGGACAUGUCCUUGAAGGUGUGGCAGGCGACGGGCGGUAAGCUCAGCCAGGUGCUGGUGGGGCACAGCGAUGCCGUCACCUGCGUGGCCGUUUCGGUGAGCAACAAGACCCAGGUGCUGUCCGGCUCCAAGGACAUGAAUCUCAUCCUCUGGGACCUGCUCACCGGCGAGGAGGUGCACACUUUGGCAGGACAUCUGGGUCCUGUCAUUGGAGUUAAAGUUUCGGCAGAUGGUUCCACUGCAGUUUCCGGAAGCGAUGACAAGACACUCAUCGUUUGGGAGACCAAGCGUGGAUUAGCUCUUACCUCGCUCCAAAUGCAUGUGGCGUUCACCAACUUCGACAUCAGUCUGGAGGUAUCCCGAGUCCUGGUCCAAUUGGUGGAUAGCUACAAUAUGCCCGUGAUCUGUUUGCACAACACCCCGGCGCAGUACGUCAAGCUGCCCACGUAUUCGGGUCCCAGCAAGGAUGUAGAGGAUCUGCGACCGCAGGGUCCCAAGCGGCAGAUGAAGCGGCUGCUGAAGAAGGAGGUCUCCUUGGACACGUACACCUGGCAGAAGAAGUACGGCCACCUGACCUCCUCCGUGAUGAUGGCCCAGGUGGAUGAGCGACUGAAGCGCCGCUUCAGUGUGUCGGCCAGCAUGGAGGAGAUCUCGAAGAUUGCCGAGACCAAGACCGGAGCCUCCCAGGCGAAUCUGGGGCCGGAGCAGGCGGCUCUGGCCCAAUCGCAGCACUUUGACCAACUGGAGGCGCUGUGGAACAAGCGAUCGCCGCCCAGAAGGCGUCACAAUGCGGGUCUCUCGAGGCAAACAUCGCUGGUGGAGGACCGGCUCGAAUCGUCGGAUGACGACGAGUACCAGGACGAGCGCGCAGGUAUGUUGUCCGCCUCCUACGAUAACAUCCACCUCCUUGCACGUUUGCCCGGCCUCCGAUCCCUGCACGAUGCAUGGAAGACCAGCAGCCUGCGGGCGCCACGUCGCUCCGGCCGCACCAAGUUCUAUGUGAGCACACCACCACCACAGAACUCGCAGGACAGCAGCAGCCUGCGGCUGGACACCCACGACCUCGGACAGAGUACGGAUGGGGGUGUGGUGGCUCCUGACCUGGUCAGGGAUCUCCUCGUAGCGCCAGGUCCCGCCGCUUCCGAAUCCCCGCAACGGAUAUCCCUGCGGGAGUUGCUCCACUGGCCCAGUCUUAAGUCUCGCCUUUGGCGUCGCCAGCGGAACUGCCAUUCCCUGCAGCCGAACAUCCGGCUGAAUCCGCCCGACCCACUUCGACCCCAUCCACGACCACGACCCAUGCCCAUCAUUGUGGUGGAGAACUACGAUGUCCGCCGUGUGCAGCAGCUGCGCACGGAUCUGAUCCUGCAUCCGCAGUCGAGUCGGGCAUCGGUGGGCCACAUCGAGGUGGCCGGCAGCGAGCAGAUUCUGGCCAAAAAGGCCUCCUACUGGCAGCGCCGCUGGCAACUCCUGUGCCACAAGGCCACCGGCCAACGGUCCGAGUCCAGUCGGGGUCACCCUCUCCGGGAUUCCGGCAAUUCCCAUUCGAAUAACAGCACCCCCGAUCCCACGGCCAACUGUAAUGACUGUGUGGCCCAAUGACGACAGGCGGGCACUCCACCACCGACCCAACUGAACAGCCACACCACCACCAACACCACCACUCUGCACCACCACACCACCACUUCCGUUCUACAGCACCCCUUUUGCCACCCUCUGUCCGUAGUUUUGGCCAUGCGUAGUUUUUCGCCGUUAGUCAACUUUAACAUAUUUAUUUUAAUAAAUUUCCACAAGGUUUAUUUCGUUUUAUUUUGAUUGCUCGUUCAAUUAUACCCAAUUAUCUAUGAUCAAAUUGUCCGGAAACUGUGUCCAGGUGAGUACACUCUUGAAAACAAAGACUGAACUUUGGUCAAUUAUAGUAAAUGCUAGGCAGUUUAUAAAUACUUUUUUCAUGGGUGCAGCUGAAUUUGUUUAAAAAGUUCUUUAAAACCUUUAAGUUGUUCAAGUAUCACUCCCUAACAAUUAGAAAAAAGCUGUUAAAGUGUUUCCCCAACAGUUUUUCAAGAGCUUAUGACAGUUUUAACAUAGAUUGGUUUGUAAAAAAAUAAAAGGUAUUGGAUUUUUUUAAUAAUUUUUUUAAGUAAUUUAAAUCUAAUUUACUUCAUGUUGGACAUUGAAAUUAAGUUUUAAAUUAAAAUCGAAAUUAACUUAUGUUGGAUAUAAGGUAAAUUCUCUGAGUUAAUUAGAAGAAAUCUAUUCAUCUGCUUAUUAAACUUUAAGAUUCUUGAUGAAAUCUACAUUUAAUUUUGAUACAAAUCUUCCUAGAACUUUUUUGUCAGUUUUUAACCCAUACCAAACUUUAAAGAAACUCGUAAACUCAAAGUUUAAAUGGUGAUUGGGACAUGUACAUGUAAAAACGUUGUAAUGAGUGCGUGGAUGCCAUUUUCCAUUGUUAAUUAUAAUUAGUUUUACCCCAGGUAAUGACAAGGCAACUCAGCGUGUUUUCGACUGUAAUGGCAUUCGAGUAAAUGGCUGCAUCAUGAAUAUUAAGUGCUCAUCCGGCCAGUGGUUGUGCUCAUUUCGCACUGGCCAAUGCAUAAAAUUGCAAUCAAUAAAUUCGCAACGCGAUUAAGUCGAUAAGCAAACAAGAGACCAGCUCAUCGCUGGCCGGUUAAUAAAUUGAGCAAAUUAAAAGCAAUCAAUUCCAGUCGAGCGAAAACGAAUCGAAUCGAAUUGAAUCGAUUCGAAUGGGGUCAGGACUUGUGGGUGGGUUGUUCCCAUGGGUUCCAGUGAGGUAAGCAGAUUGUUCUCCAAGUCCUACGUUAAGUUCAUUCAUCUUCCUCAGGCAUGUUUUGCUUUCAGCCAAAGAAACAAAUACGAAAACCCCGAAAAAAACCAAGACGGAACUUGAGCCUGUGUACCAUAUUCAUAAGUGUACUAUAAAGUGUUAUUCGCUUUCGUUCUCUAAGUAUAUGUUUUCACUUUCGACUCCUCUCGAUUUUAUAACGUUUUACGCUCUCUCGGUGUAUAUAUAUUUAUAUAUCUUCCUGCAUAUUUAAAUACUCGUUCCGUUUAAAGUUGUUGUCCAGUAUGGCCACAAUUCUGCUGCUAACCCAAAAUGAAAAAAAAAAAGAAAAAUGAAAAUGAAGUUCCCAUUUUCCAUUCCAAUUAUCCGAACCACAACUCCGAAUGAACCACCACCACUACCACCAAAAACCAACAGCCACCGCCCACAGUUCGAAAACCAGUUCCCGCAGCUCACUGCUCCCAUAAACAACUGCAACCGGAACAGUAGCCAACGGCAGCGUGAAUAAAUACUAUAAAAUAUAAAAGAAAAACCCUCAACAAUAAAAGAAAACCAUUUAGAUAAGUUUCCCCACUCGAUUGGCAUGUUAUCUCCAGUAUUUUCUAAAUCGAAGCUAGUUCACCGUAUAUAGAGCACUUUGCAAGAACCCACCACAGAACGGCACCCCAAAAUUGACUAACCCAAUCUGGCUAAUUUCGGUUCAAUUUCGUUUCUAGAUGACUUCGACGAUUUCUUUCAGUGGGGAUAGGACGUUAUGACGUUAGGCUAAGAUAUCACAUUGUUAUUACUAGGGCAUAGACACACUUACCUUUCGAAUAUACGGGCAUACCUCAAAUGCAAAUGCUGAAAAUCACUUUUGAGAAUUCUACACAGUUUAUAGAUAACUCGUAAAAUAGAAUAUAUUUAUAACCGCAAAGUAAAACAAAAAAAAACGACCUCUGCACGGCCAGCUGGAUGCAACCAAGUAAGUAUGCAAUACCACCAGGUCGCAAUGACACAUAUCCCUUAGCCGAACCACUAGAGUCAGUUUAUAGAGCUUAACCAUAUCUUGAUUUGGCCAAUGGCCGCAGCGAAAGCCUUUGCUUUGAUGUCUCGUGCAAGUAACGUUUAUUUGGCAAUUGCUAUUAGAGCUGGACGUGAACGAACGUAGAUGCCAGCAAGUAAUUCGGUGUUGGGCAUGUCACUCUAGACCGAUGCCAGUGUAAUCGCAGACAAUCUAAAGAACAUUCCGAAUUUGUUGUCGAUUUACGCAGAUCAUUUCGCUUCAGGAGGAGGAGGAUACCACAAGGGAUAAGACCUAAGGCAGCCUCAAUUAAAUGGAGUACUUAUCCACAAUGGCAAUGGCACUGGCAAGCAAUAAGUGGGCAGACGAGCGUAACAAAUAACCCAUCUCCCAUUUCUCUGUGUAGAUGUAAACCAAUAACAUAACAUAGUUAAAUCUGAUAAACCACCGUCUCAGACUUUGUAGGAAUUAUAGGAUUAAGUGAGCCAAUUUAGACAUUUUAUUGUUGUAGAGUGUUUUAUGUACCUACCAAACCCGAGCUAAAUGCUGAUUGUAUUGACGCAAUAACGCAAUAACUUAGAAUCUGUUCAAAUGAGAUAUGCAAAUACAAGCUCUCUGAAGGGGUAAAAAGCGUAACUAUGCUUAAAAACACAAGUGAAAACAAGAAAACAAAACAAAACAAAACCACACUGACACAAGCACAAAGACAACACAUUGAUGAAUAAAUAUGAAAAUAAGCAAAUGUAUAUAUAUUAAGCUCCCAUGUUCGCAGUAGAAUUAGUAUUACCUCGACCUCAAUUCAAAACGCACUUUUUUCGGGUCACGGGCUUGCACUUCCCUCGGAUAUAACUUCAAUAACUUCCUGACAAUCAGAGGUUCUAGCCUGGAACGAAAAAACUAAUAAACAACCACAAAGCAAAUCUAAACUGAGAACGACAAAUGGAUAUUUCUACACUGGAUAUUUCUAUGCAUGCCACAAGUGAAACUUCGUUACAAAUAAGCAAUUAACGUCUAUGUAGUUUAGUGUAGUGUCCACCUUUGUAGCUGAGCCACGAGCAUCUCCCGAGGAACUAUGCAUCUGGAAACGGAUACGGCAACGGAAUCGGUUAGCGAUAUCGAAUAAACACACUGAUAAAUGUACACCCUGUCUAUGUCUAUUAACUCGAAAUUAAACUCAACUUUUCUGGAGAACAGCAAAA